AUGCACUCUAUGAUAUCAAAAAAGCUCUCCCAAUUCCCUUCGUCCUCGAUAAAUCGCCAAGUGACGAUACUAGCCGCCUCUAUUAGCAUUCUCUUUGUUCUCUUCCAGUCAUGGAGUCUUUUCUCCCAACAUCCCGUCUAUUCCAAGCCACUAUCGCCACUCGAUUCACCAGUAACGGUCAGAGUCGGUGACGAGAUCCCUAGGAAAAUAUGGUAUAAGUUCGGCGCGAGGGGACUUAGUCACGACGCCAUCGCCUGGACUGGCAGCUGCAUCGAAAAGAAUCCCGGAUACGCAGUCGAAUUCCUGACAGACGAGACGGCCGAUGCGUGGGUCCAGAAGAGAUUUGCCCACCGUCCCGACAUAGUCGAGGUCUACCUCGCCCUCCAAAUACCCAUAAUCAAAGCCGACUGGCUCCGCUAUCUCCUACUCUACGCCGAGGGCGGGGUGUGGUCGGACCUCGACGUCUCCUGCAACUCGCCCAUCGAGACUUGGAUCCCGCCGCAGUACAAAGACGAGGCCUCCAUAGUCGUCGGCUGGGAAUUCGACACCACGUGGCCGGGCGCGGCGCCGAAACACGAACUCGCCACAUGGACGGUCCUUGCGAAGCCUGGCUCGCCCCACAUGUGGACUGCGGUCGAGGGUGUGUUGCAGGGACUCCACGACGUCGCGAGGGAGAACGGCGUCGACGUCGCCGGCAUCACGGCCACGCCGCCUAUGAUGGGGGACAUUGUCACCUUCUGUGGGCCGAGGAGGAUGACGAGGAGCAUCUUCGACAGCCUGCAGCGGAUGCUCAACAUGACCGACAGCGAGUUUCAGGAGGUCGAGUCGAGCACGUGGUUUAACCUGGAGCCCAAGCUUGUGGGGGACGUCUUGAUCUUGCCGGGGUACUCGUUCGCGCUGUCUAUGGGUUUCUACGACGAGGCGGUCAGCGGCGCCAUCGGUCCUCCGCUGGUCGAGCACCAUUAUGCCGGCAGCUGGAAGAAUGACAAGGGUGGUGAAUUCCUCUAG